AUGAACGAUAAAUCAUCGGAACAUUCAUUUAUUCCAACUGUUCCUAAUUUUAUGCAAACUCAUACAAACGAAUCAUAUCAGCAAGAUGAUCAUCAUCUAACGGAGUCUACCAGUAAAAAAUUUACAGAACCUAUCUCUGUCGACUCUAUAAAUUGUCAAGACACUGAUCAAUCUCAAAUUAAGAAAUGCUAUACAUCGGCUAAUGAAUUUAUAAAAUAUCAAAAUGGAUCCCAAGCCACCCGAGUCAGAAACAAUGGAUGCCAAAUUGAAGAUAACAAUACUGAUGAUGCAAGCAAUAACUUUCAUGAAAUAGCAAAAAGUAUCUAUCAGAAUCGAGCUGACCAUUCACCAAUUUUAGAUUACUGUACUGAAAAAGAAAGUGAUCUGGAAUUAAUUUUGGCUGAUUGUGAUAUUCACGAAAUAAUUAGCGACAUUUUGCCCGAUUACUGGACCGAUAUUGACGUAUUCAAUGAACUCACUAAGUACAUUCGGAAUGAAUUGGUUAUUUCUGUACAAGAACAGCUGGUGUCUUUAAAAUCUUUAACCCAACAAAGAGAUGAAAUAUAUGUUUUAAUAUUGCUAAGAUGCAUAGGCCAGUUACAAUUUUAUAAGUUAGUCUCCACUUUGAUUGCAAGUUCACUAGAAAAGGUCAAGGCAAUCGGUUACCAGCUACAGCGACGUGCAGUACUAAGGCUUAACGAGCGAUAUGAAGUUGUGACCAAAUAUCCCAAUGUGAAAUUUCUAUGCAAAGCUGAUAAAGAUAAUAUCAUUAAAAUGGAUACCUUAUCUGGCUUCGAAUUAAUAAUCCCAGCAAAAUGUCUACAAACAGACACAGAGAUCAUGGUAACUGUUUAUUAUGCAGAUUCUUUAUAUGCCUAUGGCAUUAAAAAUAUUAAUGUAACGUUGCUAUCCCCAAUAAUCAGGAUUGAACCUAAUAAUUUACAGUUUAUAAUAAAUGAUAAAUACCCGACUUUACAACUACCAGUUCUUCAGUCCAUGCAAUUGAAACCAUCUAAUUUGCCUAAGUCUGAGCAGAAAAAUUCAAUACAACUAUACCAUGGAACGAGUCUAUAUAUAGAAUGGUCAGCUAAAAAUUUAAAAAAUGCUUUAAUAAACAUAGAAGAAGAUCAUAAUCUUUUCAAAAUCAAUCAUUGUGGAUUUUUCUGCGCUGUAAUAAACCAACCAAAACCUCUAUUUGACGAAUCUGCUGUUUCUAGUCAGCCUUUUGUUGAUCUUACAUUACAACAGCAAAUCGAUUUUCAGGUAUUUUUGUCCAUUACGACCAAAGGGACAGCUUUUGUGGACAUAGUUAUUACACGAAAAGGCAUUAAAUACCAACCUAACCGGCUUAAAACGAUUAAAUUACAUGAAUUAGUAAAUGAUAUGGAAGAUGUUACUCGCUUAAGGAAUGGUUAUUAUCAGAUUAAAUUUCUGUCCAGUUAUCUGAUUCAUAAUUCAGUUGAUUCAAGAGAUAAGAUUAAGGAUAUCUGCAUUAACUGGAAUGCUAGAAAUAGCUAUGUGAUUUCCUAUCGAUGUCAACUUUCUGAUACAGUCAAUUUUCCUGGUGAUCUUUGUCAAAUAAUUGUUCAAAGCAAAGGAAUAAAUUGCCGGCCAAUUGAGGCUUUGUCAAGUUUUAUAUUUUUACCAGAUGGAUUGGAUGAAAAAGACUUACAAAAGUUCUUAGCCACAGACACUACAGUAAUAUUAGUUCGUGGUGUUAUUUUAUGA